GGUGUUACUGAGGUUGAUAGGGUUUGAGCGGAAGACAUAAAUUCCUUGGAUGAGGAGAGACGUGAGGUGAUCGGGGCGGCAGCAGCUCUGUCCUUGCUGUGCUGCACAUGUGGCUGGGGUCUGGCUGCAGCAGCUCCGUGCAGCCUGGGGCUGAGCUCUGCGGGUCGUUUUAAACGGCUGAGAAAGUACUGCCUCCAAAGCUACUGCUUUUAGCGUUGGCAUCUCUUUACAGGUCAUUAACAACUGUCUGAGGUGUAGUGUUAGAAGUACAGGAAGAUGGAAUUUAGAAUUAAACACACAUGGGAUGGUUUACCUGUGAGCCAUGAGCCAGUAACAAUUGGGCUGAAGUCAGACAAUGCAGGACUGCUAAUGGAAGUUAAUGCUCCAUUCUUUAAUGAUCCUCCAGCACCACUUGGAGAGCCAGGGAAACCUUGUAGUAGACUGUGGGACUAUGAGGUUGUUGAAGCAUUUUUCCUGAGUGACAGAACUGAACAGUAUUUAGAAGUUGAACUUUGUCCCCAUGGACAACACUUGUUGCUGCUACUUUCUGGCAAAAGAAGAGUUUGGAAAGAAGAACUUCCUUUAGAGUUUGAGGUGACCAGAAUUAAAACCAAAUGGGAGGGUAAAGCUCACCUUCCAUGGCACUAUUUUCCACCGUGCACUAACAAAUUCAACGCAUUUGCAAUUCAUGGCUCAGGAGAAGAGAGAAAGUAUGAAGCGCUUCAUCCCGUGCCUCGACAUGAACUACAGGAAGGACAGAAACCAGAUUUUCAUCGCCUGGAAUUUUUCAAAGAAUUGAACCUGAAAGAACUAAUGGGAGAAGACUGGAAGCAGCCUGAAUCAGAUAUAUGGAAGUCUCUCUCUAAUUAAAUGGGUUGAGACAUACAUUUUUAUACAAUAGCAUUAAGGUUAGAUGAAGGUGUGCGUAAAAAAACUUGUACAUUUUGAGCAGUGUUUGUAAAUAUCAGAUUAGUAAGGCUUUCCUUGACAAUGAAAGCAUUGAUCCAUCUUAAACUGUGAAGUAUUUAGGCCACUUCAUUCUAAAUGUGUUAAGUAAGCAAUGGCUUGUGUUUCAGUUCUUCUGGGUAUGGAGUUUUUCAUCUGUAUGACAGAGAUGAAUCUGCUUCUACCAAUGAAGGGGGAAAAAAUGUGCCUAAGUUACACCUGUGUUUUCAUGAGAACUCUAAGCUUCACAAGGUCAACAUCUGGCUUGGAAUAUUUCGGCUUCUUGUAGUUGCUGCAUUUCUUAAGUAUUUUCACUGCUGCUUGUUUGUUUCUUGGCUGUUGAAUGAGAUCAUGUGCACUAAACUCUUUAAUUGCUAUCAGGAGAAAGAAUGCUUCCUCCAGGAACAGAAAAUAAUACAGCUGUUAUGGCAUUUUGUGGCACAGUACUCACAUUGCAAAAUGCCGGAGGUAUAACACUAGCCAGCCCCUUUCCGAUACCUGAAGUUUUCCUUUGUACAGUGCUGAAGGCGAAACUUAAUUAAUUACUUUAUUAGCAGACCUCUCUGCUUCACAUUUAGUGUGGAACUUCUAGUGAUAUUUAGAUACAGAGGGUAGAUUUACAAAAGGCUUUAUGCAUUCCAGGAAAAGUUUCUCAUAAUGUUUAGUAAAACUUUUUGAUAUAGCUGUGUGCCUACAAAAGCUUGUUUGUUAUCAUAAAGUCAUAGAAUGGGUUGGACGGAGCCAUAAAGAUAAUCUGAUUCCAACCCCCCUGCUAUGGGCAGGAACACCUUCCACUAGACCAGGUUGCUCAAAGCCCCUUUCAACCUGACCUUGAACACUUCCAGGGAUGGGGCAUCCACAGCUUCUCUGGGCAACCUGUUCCAGUGCCUCAUCACCCUCAUGGUGAAGAAUUUCUUCCAUGAUCUUGCCGGGCACAGAGAGAGACUGGUCUGUAGUUCCCCACGUCUUCCUUUUGGAAGGUCCUUUGGGGUUUUAAGGCCUUGUCACAUUGCCUUAAGGAUUCACCUCACACACAUGAGGAUUUUGUUUGCAGGCCGCCUAACCUUGGGUGUACUCUAAUUGUAUGUGCCUACGUUUCUACAUACAGGCAUGAAUAUUUUUAACAGUACUGAGUACUGUUAGCUGGGAACAUCCAAUAUGUACACUCUUGCAGGUUUUACAAAUGGGAUUUUUUUGGUUUUUUGUUUGUUUGUUUUUUUUUUUUUUGCCUAGCAUACUGAGUGCUGCUUGUUUGUGGCUGCUGACUUGUUCCUUUUUAAAUUAAAUUAGAAAAUGGGAAUCUCACCCACUAAGCAUAUCCUACAUCUGAAAAGUAGGUGACUUCAAAAUCAGACUUUUGGUUUCGUUCAGAAUAAGGAUUCAGACUAUGACAUGAUCUUCAGUCCUGCGUCCUGUUGAACUGUCAUCACAGUGUAGAAGCUGGUUGUGUUCUCUAGUUUUGUGAGGAGGAUUGUUUUGGGAGGCUGAGAGAAUAUCAACAAGUCAAAAUUGAAGGAGUAUAUUUCAGAAGUUAUGCCAUGAGGAUGUGUUGUUUUUGUGUCGUCCUUUUGUGCAGCAUUUUCUACUGAACAAUUUAGAAUCCCGCAAGAUCCUAGAAAGGACUAGUGUUCUUGUAGUCUAACAUCCUGCUCAAAUCAUGACUGUUGUUGAAACUAGAUGAGUUUGCAGAGAGCCUUGUUGAGUUUCAAAUAACUCCAAAGAUAAAGUUUCAAAUGCUCUGGGUAGCCUGUUUCAAUACUCGGCUACUUCUGUUACAAAAACUUAUGUAAUUUCCGUUUCCUCAUGCUGCGACUUGUGCCCAUUGCCUUUUGUCCUUUCUCUGAGCAUCUCCAAGAAGAGUGGCUGUUUUUCGCUGUAACUGCCCAUUAGGUGUUUGAAGAUAACUGCUAGCUCCUCUCGGGUUUCUUGAAAUGUUGUCAUUCUCGGUUUGUCUUUUGUGACUCUCAUUAGUAAGCACCUUCCCCUCAGACUGACAACAUAAAUGUGUAAGCUGGGUUGUAACUCAGAGCAGCAAUGCUCCCAGGCCUUUCUUGUUUGUUUAGCUCAUAAAUGAUUCUAAAAAUCUUGUGUGCAUCUUUAGUUGUCAAAAUGCGUGCAAAAUUUUGCACAAGACUGCACUUUAAGUCACAUUACUAAAAGGAUUUUCUGUUGUCUUAGCUUCUAUGCAGUAAUAACCAUAGUCUGGUCAUGUUUUCUGUGCUGUCUUUAACUUUACAUGUAAAUUCUGCUUGAGAACAAAAGAAGAUCGGAAUAUCUGCCUUUGUGAAGAAUAUCUUUGUGUGAUUAAUAUCUGUGAAAUAGAAUGUUACUUCAGAGUUUUUGUUUGGCUUUAGAAUUCCCUCUUUGUACUUCCGGUUUUAUGUAUAUAUACUUUCAAAUUUAAGGAUAUUAGCCUCUUUCAGGUGCAGACUUUGGCAUGCCAAUACACUGGGCCAUCCUAUUCCUUUUUGCUCUCUUUUAAUUAGACGCUAUAGAUUCCUUGCUAUGAAGUGCCAUCUGUUGAAAAUUGUAAGUAUUGUACUUUUAAUUGCUUGGCUUUUCUACCUUCAAUCUGUGUACAGUUUUCUAAAGAACGUCAUCAGUCUGAAAUAUUGAAUAAUUCAAUAAAUGUUGAUUAAAAUGCUUUUUAGAUACAUCUAAAAGCUGCUUUUGAAAUUUCAGUCAAAAGCAAAACAAAAAUAAAGAUUUCACUAUGUUUUUAGGCUUCAUUUUAAAUGGUUUGUCAACAAAAUGCAUGCAAAUGUUCAGAAUGAGUUUAUUUUUUCCACAAAGGUUGUCUUCAUGUGAUGAAUGAUGUUUUGUAUGUAAGGGACAGUAAAUCAAAUAAUUUGUUCAGAGGCUUCA